AUGCCGACGACCUCAGAUCCGAUCGUCUUCUAUGAUAUCGCCCCGCGUCCCCCCGUGGAGAAAACCUGCUUCGCGCCAAACCCCUGGAAAGCCCGUCUGGCCCUUAACUUCAAGAGUCGCCCGUAUUCAACCACAUGGGUGCCAUUGCCCGACAUUCCCAAAGUCCGCAAUGGUCUCAAAGUACCAGCCUGUCGCCAAUUUGCCGAUGGCACCGACUUCUUCACCCUGCCGAUCCUCGAGGACCCCGCCACGGAGUCGUUGGUCGGCGACUCCUUCGAUAUCGCAGUGUACCUCCAGAAGACGUAUCCGGACUCCGGCGCCGGCGACCUCUUCCCCCCUCAGAAGCUCGAUUAUACCUUCACCCAUCCUGCGAUCCUCAUCCCGCUGUCGGACUGUCGCGACAGUGAAUUCCCUGAAUACGCCACGUUCAACAUGAACGUCGACGCGGCCUUCACGGCACAUGUACAGCUUGGACUACAGGGCUUUCCGUUCGAUCCCGCCACGGCCGAGGCCAGUAAGCAGGAAUUUGUCCGGCGCGCGGGAGUGACCUGCUGGGAGGACUUUUUGUUGGUCGGCGAGGCGCGAGAGAAGACGAAGGAUUCGUUCCGGGAUAUGCUCGGGGGGCUGGCUCCGCUCUUCUCGAGGGACUCCAGUGGGCCAUUUCUGCUCGGCACACGGGCGAGCUAUGCAGACUUGAUCGUCGGUGCCUGGCUGCGGAUGAUGCACGUAACCCUACCGGACAGUGAAUGGGAGGAGGUAGCAAGUUGGCAUGGCGGUCUAUUUGGGCGGUUGCACGAUGCGUUGGAGGUCUAUGCGGAAGUGAAAUAG